AUGUCCAACUUCCACUUCGCCAACACAGCCGCCCAAGUCCCAGGAAAUGGUACACCCCCGGCCGAAUUCAGCAUAAAGGCCCCCUCCUCAACAGACAUCUGGUCCAAACCUCCAACGCACCAAUCCUCUACCGCUCAGUCCCGCUCUCGACUUUCAAACGAGCCCGCGUCGCCUUCACCGCACCCUGGCAACACAAAUACGACCAGGGGGGGUCUCAUCAUCGUCCUGCACACCGCGGACGGGGACAAGAAGUGGGUGAAGGCGGGUAUCGAGUUAACGCACGGCAAACCGCAUCUCAGUGCAGUGGCGAAGGACCGAUUUGCGGAUUGGAGCUUGCUUCCUGUCCCGUCGGGUGGGGGUGCGGCGACGCUGGAGAUGGUCAAGGAGGAGGAUGGAAGUUUGUGGGUUUAUUUGAUUGAGGGGGUGUCGAAAGCGCCAAUUCGGGAGGUGACAUGGGUCUUUGAGGAAGAAGGGGUGAAGGAGUGUUGGGUUGGGGUUUAUGCGGCAAGACCAGGGGAUGUUGGGGGUGAGUUGGAGGUUAAUUUUGGUCAUUUGAUUGUUGAGUAG